AUAGGAGAGAUAGAGAGAGGUCAAGAAUGGCUGUAACACUCAACAACGGAUUCCAAAUGCCCAUAAUCGGUUUGGGUGUUUGGCGUAUGGAAAAAAAAGCCAUUAAAGAUCUCAUCAUCGAAUCCAUCAAGAUUGGUUUUCGCCAUUUCGACUGUGCUUCUGACUACAAAAAUGAAGCUGAAGUUGGGGAGGCAUUGUGUGAAGCCAUUAAAACUGGGCUUGUUAAGAGAGAAGAGCUGUUUAUUACUACUAAGCUUUGGAAUACUGAUCAUGGACAUGUUGUUGAAGCUUGUAAACACAGUCUUAAGAAGCUUCAAUUGGAUUAUCUGGAUUUAUAUCUGGUACACUUUCCUAUUUCCAUUAGACACACCGGAAUUGGUGCAACUGGCAGUCCAUUGGAUGAAGAUGGGGUUCUCGACAUUGAAACAAACAUAUCAUUGGAGACCACUUGGCAUGCAAUGGAAGAUCUGGUUUCCAUGGGUUUAGUUCGCAGCAUUGGGAUCAGCAACUAUGACAUAUUUUUAGCCAGAGAUUGCUUAGCUUACUCCAAAAUAAAGCCAGCAGUGAACCAGAUAGAGACACACCCUUAUUUCCAACGUGAAUCAUUGGUCAAUUUUUGCCAAAAGCAUGGGAUCUGUGUUACAGCCCAUACUCCCUUAGGUGGUGCCGAUGCCAAUACCAAACGCUUUGGUACUGUUUCUUGCUUGGAUGAUCCAAUCCUCAAGGGGAUAGCUGAGAAGUAUAAGAAAACAGUGGCUCAGAUUGUUCUUCGCUGGGGAAUCCAAAGGAACACAGUGGUGAUCCCAAAAACAUCAAAGUCUGAAAGGUUGAAAGAAAAUUUCAAAGUUUUAGAGUUUGAGUUGGCCAAAGAGGACAUGGACGUAAUUCAAGCUAUUGACAAGAACUAUAGGUCCAAUAUUCAACCUGCCAAGUUUUGGGGCAUAGAUCUCUAUGCUUAAAAAAAAAACACAUCUGUUAUUCUUGUUUGUGUAAGGAUUUUCUUUGUGUGUUCUAUGAAGAAUGAAGUCUAAUAAAAUUCUCCUUCGAUAA